CCUAUAAGUAUGGCAAGAGGUGGCGAGACUUGAGUCAUAUAUCAACUGAAGCUGGCUGGCUGAGGAUCCAUUUUUCUAACGAUACCCCCCACGAAGAUUGGAAAAUGGAGUGUGUUGUUAAUUUAAUAAAUUGCAUUCAAUUUGGCAAAUCUUCCGCUGGGAAUCAUAGCCAGCUGAAAGGAAAACCAGUCAGUCAGUCGCACAGUUACAUCAAAAAUAAUUGGCUUACUACAUAAAUGUCAUGUUUAGCUGAUUGAAAGACCAUAAACGUGGCUCAAAAACAUAUAUAAUAUAUCAUAAAAGAUAUGCCUUAUUAUUAUAACAAACAUUUAGAUGUAUUCUCUUUAAGCCAUUAUAAAAGGUAUUAUGAUCUGAAAGAACUUGUUUAGUUCUUGUAUAUUGAUCGAACAUUUGUUAUUAACUAUGUGAUUUCCCAAUAAUGUGUGAACAAUGUUUAGUUUCCAUUAUGACGCUUUGCGAUGACUGUUUGUUUGAGCCUGCCCAAAAUGGGCACAUUAACGGACAGAUUGUCGGCUCGUUAGGUUUGAUUGGCUUCUGGCUAACAGCGAUCAGAAAUCCGCAAUAUGGCCAAAAUGCUGCUGUGUCGCAGCUGUUGUCAUUAGUUGUCCACAAGCGAGAUGUCAAAUGGCAAGUGAUUUGUGGGACAAUCUGGCUGGUGGUGGUGGUGCGGCAAGUGAAUCGAAGAUGCAACUUGGAACUUGGCUACUUAUUCCCCGCGGAGCUCUUCGCAAUUAGCUUUACAUAACCUGACCCACUCAAGACCCAUUCGUGACCAUGGAAAGUCAGUUGGCUACAACGAAGUCGUGUGGCACUUACUUUUUGGGGGACUCGACUCGAUUAAAAGUGAUAGCUGAGAAAGUGUGAGGUGCCAGAAUAAUUUGGCCUUAAAUUAAUCCAGGCCAUUGGGAGUCACGCCCAAACGUCACAGCUGAAGCUUAUAAAAACCAUAUCACUUGCGGCCCAAUCAGUCAGUUAUUGGUCAAUAUGUCAACCAAGCGGAUCAUAGCCCUAUUUGGAUUGCUAACUAUCCACCAGACCCACGCGGAUGUGUCGCAUUUCUUUUCUUCGCCAUUGGAACACUAUGGAAACUAUCUGCAUGGCCAAGUGCCAUUCCAAGUGGGACUAUCGCCUUCGAACCUGUAUGGUCCUCCGCCUGCUGCUCCCAUAACUCCUGCCCCAGUGGCUCCCGUGGCCACCACCGAGUUUAGCCUGCCGGAGAUCAUCGAAAAUCGCAGUGUGAAGAUUCAGGGAUCGGGACAUGGCAACUUUAUACCUCUGAGUCAGCACUAUCUACCGCCAGCUGUGGACGAGCGUCCCAAUUACGAAAGCCCUAAACCUAGCGAGGAGUCUUAUCCAGCUUACUACUAUCCCCAACCUGGAGGCAGCAUCAUAACAACCUCUACACCUACAACGACCACUACUUCGAGACCCAUAAUUGUGCAAGAUCCUGGAGAGGAUGUCGAGACAAUACACUCGCCAGGCUACGACUAUCAUGCCCCGGUGGCUGUUCCGGUUUUCCCCCAAAAGCCAUCCACACCUGCUCCAGUUUACCUGCCACCCAGUGAUGGAAACCAGGAUCAAAAUCAACUGAGACUGCGGCUCAAGGACAUGCGUUGCCUUUCGGCGGGUUACUUCCGAGCUGUUCUCAAGUUGGACAGCUUUUUGGGAGCAGCACCGACUGUGGACCAGGACAAUGAUGAUCAGCAGGAUAAACGCUGCGAAUUGAGGCUGUCUCGAAGUUUUCUGCUUUUGGACAUUUCUGGCGAGAAUUUCGAGCGGUGCGGUGUGAGAUCAUGUGGCCAGGAUCUAUGUCUGCGCUUGCGUUUUCCCGCCAUCAGAGGGUUAAGGACCAGCGGAGAUUCGAUCUUAACCCUACACUGCAAGGCUCAAGAGCGAGUGGCUGUCAAAACGCAUGCUCUAAAAAUGGGCGUGGCCAAUGAUGUGCAAGCUCGAAGUGGAGGUAGCUACGCCCAUGGAGGCGAUCAAAAUGCCUUCCGCACCCACGUGGAGUUGUUGAGAAAAGGAAGCACUGGAUACACGCGUCAUUUGGAAAACAACGGUGCCGUCCAGUUGGGGGAAGAGCUCCUCCUAAGAGCCCAUGUUCUGGCCGGAGAUGGCUGGAACUACACCAAGCUCAGUGAUGUCCAGCUCCAGAGGAUUGCAACCGGUGGAGAGAUCCUCAACACGGUUCAGUUGGUCAGUUCGAGGGGCUGUCUUAAUCCCGCCAUGCAGGCCAUCUGCGCUCAUCCACCCAUUCUGGAACCUCCGCUCGGCCAGAGACUGCACUUCAAGGCGGUCAUGUUCCCGGGGAUGCGAAGUGGGGAGGUUCUGGUCAUAUCCAUGCGCAUCACUGGCUGCUUGGAACGCGAGGAUUGCCAGGUGACGGCCCAAGAUUGUUUGCCAUCGGUGGGCCAACGGAGGCGACGGAACGUCUCGCACGGCAAUAGCACCGAAGUCUCGGAACUCUCGCAUCUCACCUUCCGCGUGCUGAUGCCCGGCGAAGAGGAUGUAUCUCCGAAGAAUCCGAAUGUUGAGAUUAGAGAUUCGGGUGCCAGGGAGACAUCCAAAUCUCUAGCUCUCUUUGGAAGCUUGGGAUUUGUGGUGAUGCUACUGGGUGUUGCCGUUGUGGCAUUGUAUAAAUUUGGAAAGUAGUUCAAUUUGAGUCAUGUUUUCACUUCAUUUUGGCUAACUACAUGAUAUACCCCUUUUAAGACACAAAUCUUUAUCUAAUUUAAGUAUAAUGGGUUCCCCUGCUACCCCCAUCCAUUAAAAGCAGUCACAAAACGCCAUCAAUAGCAAUCGUAUCUGUAUCUGAGGCGCCAAUCUUGAAGUGACUUUUAUCUAUCUGGCUGCCAAGUAAAUUGACUUACUGCGGAAUCAACAGCAAGCCAAUGUUUGCCCAUUUCGAGAUUAAAACAGAAAUUAGCACUUAAUAAAAUGUUAUUUAUGUUCAUGUCGCCAGUGAUUGAGCGGACCUGAGAAUAAGAUCCAAAAAAUAAAACAGCAUGUAGGCAAACCGA